AUGAGGACUUUGCCUGGGGCAGUCCUCAAUGACCUUGUUUACAAAGAUACCAGGGUAUAUUUCUCCCAAUGUUUUGUAGUCCUUAGCUUUAGCUCUUUUUUGGCUCUUCUUUUCCAGUCUGGGCCUUGGCCCAUGAUCCAACAUUGGUGGCGAGCUGGAGUCACAGCUCUGUCUAGUGGCUUGGAUUUUAAUACAGCCAUCUAA